CGCAGGAGGAAGGUGUCGUGGCACAGCAAGGAAGUUACUAGGAAGCGGGAGAGAUUCGUAUAGGUUCGCACAUGCAUGUUUACUGUGAAGAGAUGAUCCUGUGCCGAUGAGGAAAGUUGCAGAAACAGGCCAUCUGCAGAAGGGAUUUAUAUAUAUACAUACACACUGUGGGGAUUCCCCAGAGCUUGAGGUCCGUCGGGAUCAAGGUGCCUUGGGCCGACACCCCAUCUUGCUCACUGUCGAAGACCCCAAGGUCCAGGUUGGCAGUGGGGGUGCCACUCUCAAUGCUCUCCUGGUGGCAGCCGAGCACCUGAGCGCUCGAGCUGGCUAUACGGUGGUCACAUCUGAUGUCUUGCAAAAGGCCUGGAUUCUCAUCCUGCACAUGGGUCGGGACUUCUUGUUUGAUGACUGCAGCCGAGCAUUCACCUGUCUCCCCACUGAGGACCCUGAUGCCCCCGUCGAGGCACUCACCUGCAACCUGGACAGCCUGCUGGCAACCUUGACUCACCAGGUGUGCAAGGGAUCCCCACCUGGGGUGUGGGUCUGCAGCACUGAUAUGCUUCUCUCGAUCCCUACCGAGGCAGAGAUCAAUUGGCAUGGAUUCCAGGGUGCUAAAGUCAUUGCUGUGCCUGGAAGCGUCUCCUAUGCCCAGAAGCAUGGAGUCUACCUUGCCAAUGCUCAGGGAGUAGUGCAAGAUAUUCUCUACCAAAGCCCUGAAGAUCAGAUUCAACGGUGCGUGGGGUUAGAUGGAAAAGUCCCGCUGGUCUGUGGGAUUGUCUUCUUCUCUGCAGAGACAGCAGAGAAGCUUCUGGCCACCCAUGUUGUGCCCCCCCUGGAUGCCUGCACCUACUUGGGGCUGGACUCCGGAGCACCACCCAUUCAGCUGUCCCUGUUCUUUGACGUCCUGCUGUGUAUGGCCCAGGGGGUGACAGAAGAGGCCUUCAUGAAGGGCCAGAGCCCAGGGAUGGGCAGCGGAGAUACCCAGAAGGCAGCAGCAACAAGGAAUGCCCGAUCCGUGCUGUGGAAGGCCCUCCGUGCCGUCCCGCUCACUAUGGCAUACUUCCCUGGUGGCAGCUACGACUAUAUGAGCAUGUCAGCCAGUGACCACAUCCUCCACUUAACAGCCCACAAGGGCAUGGCUGGCAGCCCCGCCUUCUGCAAAGUGGCCCAUUCCGAUGUGGCGGAGCCACAACUCCUGGAAGACGGCUGCUCAGUCACUAACAGCCUGCUAGAAGGAGCGGUGUCCUUGGGGCCUGGGUGUGCUAUUCAGCACUGCUGCUUGAAGGGUCCCUUGAAGGUCCGCUCUGGAUGUCUCCUCACUGGGUUGGACGUGGACUCCUCUGAGGCCCUCAGGAGCCGCGUCCUUGAGGAUGUGGUCGUUCAGGGACAUGCCACCAGACUGAGAGGCAUCCGUUGCAAAGUGUUCACUUUAAGCGGGCGGCACGACGACUGGCAGUGCCCGGCAGAGGAAAAUGGCACUUACCUGAACGUGCCGUGGGAGGAGCUGUUCCGCAGGACAGGAAUACGAAGCCAGGACCUUUGGAGUUCAGACACCCAUUCGAGCUGCCGCUGCUUGCAGAACGCCCGCCUCUUCCCUGUGCUGCAUGCCUCUGAGCCACUGGCGCUUGGGGAUAUCCUGUGGCUCUUGGACUUCCCCGGGGCUGGUCAACUGCAGCGCUGGCGAACUUCAUGGCGUAUGUCCUGGGAGGAGCUGCGGACCUGCCUGGACCAGGAGACGGAGCUGGCCUCUCGCAAAGCCCUCUUCUUCACGCAGGGCCAGAGCAAGAUCCGGAAAGUGCUGAUGGAGCACAGCAACUGCAGUCUCCUGCCACUGAUCCGCUCGGCGGUCAUUGAGGGCUACCAGGAGGCUGUGCUGAAGACGCUGGACGAGAUUGCUUCCACCGCCAGUGAUCCCGGAGUGGCCGCUCGGGCCCUUGCCUGCAUCGCAGACGUGCUGGCGUGCAUGGCCAAAGGAGAAGGAGGUUUGCGGAGUGGCCCAGCAGCCAACGAGGCUUGGGCCCCCGCCUUCCAGCAGCUAGAAAAUGGCAGCAUUCCUGAGGGCAUAAAAGAGCUUGCCAAGGAGAGGAAGAAAUGGCUGAGCAGGCCCGUCCUGCUGAUCCGUGCCGCUCGACAUUACGAAGGGGCAGAGCAGAUCCUCAUCCGCCAAGCAGUGAUGUCUUCAUGCCAGUUCAUCAAUGUUGAGCCUGUGGAGCUGCCUGCUGUGGGCCACUGGGUGCUGGUGGAGUGCCCCGCCAGAGUAGACCUGGCCGGCGGCUGGAGCGAUACCCCUCCAAUCACGUAUGAACAUGGCGGGGCAGUGGUGGAUCUUGCUGUCCUGGUAGAUGGACGCAGGCCUAUUGGUGCUCAGGCCCGGCGCAUUCCUGAGCCGGAGUUGCGGAUUGUUAGUGCCAGUGGUGGGCUGGAGGGAGAGGUGGUGACUGAGCUGGUGUGUCAGCACCUGGAGGACCUGCAAGAUUACUGCCAGCCUCAUGCCCCAGGUGCCUUAUUGAAAGCAGCAUUCAUUUGCACCCAGGUUAUCGCUCUCCGUUCCCAGAGGACCUUGCGAGAGCAGCUGGAGGAACGCUUUGGAGGCGGGUUUGAGCUCCGCACCUGGUCUCGCCUGCCUCAUGGAUCAGGCCUGGGCACUAGCAGUAUCCUGGCAGGUGCUGUGAUAGCCGUGUUGUAUCGGGUGUCGGGACACUCCGCCAACAUCGAGUCCCUCGUUCAUGCAGUGUUACACCUGGAGCAAUUGCUUACCACAGGCGGUGGGUGGCAGGACCAGGUUGGCGGGCUGGUGCCAGGCCUCAAGAUUGGGCGUUCGAAGGCUCAGCUGCCGUUGAAGGUGGAGGUGGAACAGAUUGCCGUUCCUGAGGGCUUCGUGCACACACUGAACGCACAUCUGCUCCUACUGUAUACGGGGAAGACACGCCUUGCCCGCAAUCUGCUCCAGGAUGUUCUAAGGAACUGGUAUGCCAGGCUGCCCACUAUUGUCCAGAAUGCCAACGCUCUUGUGAGCAACGCAGAGGAGUGUGCCCGUGCCCUUCAACAAGGCAACCUGGCUGUCCUGGGCAAUUGCAUGAGCAAUUACAGACUGCAGAAGAAGGUCAUGGCCCCCGGGUGUGAGCCUUUGGCUGUCCAGUGCAUGAUGGAGGCACUUGAGCCUCAUGUCUAUGGGCAAUGUCUGGCUGGGGCUGGAGGCGGGGGCUUUCUCUGUGUCUUAACAAAGCAGCCAAGGAUGCAGGAGGUCUUGCAAAGGAUUCUGGCAGAAACAGAGGGACUGGGAAACUUCAGCCUCCACACGGUUGAGGUAGAUGCAGCUGGCUUCCAAAUGCAGCUUCUGGAAGAGGACCUCCCAUGAGUAGAGCAGUAGGUGCUGCAGCUGUGAGCCCUUCUUGUUCCUCUACUACCCCGCCCCCCGCCUUCCAUCUGUCAUAUCUUAUCUCUGCAGUAGCCCUCGGGAGAGGAAGAGGGCUGCUUUCAAAGGAGACUGCCAUCAAAGUCUCUUCCCUAUAAAAUGAUCGGCCCCCAUCAGGCUGUGAUGAACGUCCGUUGCCUCUGUUGCACUCCAUCCCUCUUCCCCAUUCGUGGUAGGACGCUCGGGAGGCGACUUGGGAAUUCACCUAGGAUUGCCUGCAGGACAAGAGAUGCUGCUGGCCAGGAUUGUUUCGUUGGGUUCUACGUUCUUCCAUGUCUGCCGAAGCAACAGCACACUCAGAAGAAAUGUUUUGUGAGAUGCACUUGGAGGAUGAAGGCCUUGCCCUAUCUGGUAUCCAGUAUCAGAGCAGCUCACAGGCUUCCCGCACAGGCAGGGUGGCUGAGGUGAGAGGGCUGAAGGGCCUUGCUGGCUUCCGGGCUUUGGAAUCUCUGCCUCAGGUUCUUUCCCCGGGACCUGCCCUGUAGUUCGUCUCUCCAGCUUCCUCCAGGUCCAAUGAGUGUCAGUCAGGCAGAUUGAUGGGUUUGGGUGACAGGGGCGGGCUGCUUGCUGCAGACCAAUACUUACUAUUCCACAGGAGCAGGAGUGUGAAAUGGUUCUAGUCCCAUUAAGAACAGAUUUGUUUCUUUCCACCUUCCCCUUCUAGGCAGCCUCCUGUUGGAGUGAAAGUUCUGUCUGCCUUUUCCUUUUAGUUCACAAGACUCCCCCAGUUGUGUUCCAAGGUCAUCCCAAGCCUCUCUCAUUCUCUGUUCAGCUCCUAAUUUUUCUCCUCUAUCCUUCCUUCCUUCUCAUUUCUCAGGUUGUCAUAUCCCACCCACCCCCUCCAUUCCCUGCCAUCACUUAACCGUUUCCCACUGAGAAUUCUUAACUCGUGGCCAAUUCCCAUAAUGCGUUGUCAGAUCAAGUGGUAUAAAGCUAACAGAAGUGUGAGUAUGGCUUGAGUUGCAUAAAACUAAGAAGAGAUCUAAUAAAGGAACCUGGGUAGAAAAGGAGGAUUGGACCAAUUCCACAAUUUUGGGGAUGAAAAGAACUGCCUUGGUGGACCUUCCGUUUGCGCCGAGGUUCAAAUAGGAUGAACAGGGAAUGAUGUCGCUGUUUUUGUCUCUCCUGCCAAUCACCAAGGUGUCCUCUUUAAAAAGUUAAAAUUUCAUGAUCCACAACAGAUUUCUACAAUUAUACACUAUGAAUGGAUUAAUUUUUAUAUAAUCACCAACAGCAAACAUACAACAUAAAAAUUCCUCAUAAAAACAUUUU